GACUACAGAAACACACCUUGCUGCAGAUGAGGUGUGUCUAAGUGGGCGUGACUUCAAGCUCGUCUCUAAACCAAGCUUGACUCUCUUUUCAGAGGACUCUCUGCCAUCCCACGAGUGCCAUAUUACCUGAAUUGUUCCUGAGCAGCCACCACCAUGCCUGAGACUGCAGAGUCCCACUCCGUGACCCUCACCACUAACCGUAACUGCACCUUGGAGAUCACCAACGUCAGUACUAUUUACUGUCUCGUCAAUCCAAAGGUUCACAUGGAGAGUGGCUUCCCAUUCAGCCCCCCGCAGCCCACUGUGCGCACCACCAAGACAGAGGUGUGCUCCUUCACCAAGGACGACAACACAGCGUCCGGUGCCGUGGGCGUCCUGACCUACGAGCUGUUUAACAUGCGUGACCAACGCUGCAGCGAGCUGAUGGCCAUCAUGUUCUCUGUGCCAUUCGACUACAACAUCUACAAGAACUGGCUUGGCGUGGGCAUCUUUGAGAACACGCGUGCCUGCGAUAACAAGCUGUUCGACAUGAUGUACAAAGGCAAGGAUUUCACCAACUUUUUGCGCCAAGAGGCCAAUGGCUCCGGAGUGGUCUUCCAGGGCAAGAAUCUGGACGUGAGGGCCUCCAUGUCUGAUAAUGGAAAGGCGAUCAUCAAAGUUGAGCUGUAUGACAAGAUGGGCAGAUGAACUGUUUGCAAUGCUGUCAAAAUGAACAGCUCACAUCAUUUGAAAGCAUUAUAGUUGACAUUCCUGAUUGUUGAUUCCUGUCAUUAUGAGUGCUUUAAAAAAAUAAAAGUAAAAAAAUAAUCUAAUCCA